AUGACCGUUAUCCCCGUCGCGGCAGCCCGUGAGGUCGGCGGCGUGGGUCUCCAAGAGUGGCCAUCCGCCUGGCGCGCCACCGUGGACAAGGCCGCGCAGCAGGAGCCGGCGGACGCGAGUGCUACCACCACGGACAGCGAGCAGCACGAGGAGCCCGACUUUGCCGCCCUGCGCGGCCACUUGGAGCUCGUCCUCGCGAGAGCCGUGCCGACCGUGCCCGAGGUCCAGCACCUGUGGGCGUGCCUCAGCGAGCUGGCGCGCUCCCUCGCGCCGCUGGGGCGGGUCUGGCGCCUAUCGCCAUUCGGGAGCGUGAGGAAUCUGCUCCUCACCCGCGGGUCGGACGUCGACGCCACCAUCUACAGGUCGGACGGCCAGGACGAGGGCGACUCCGCCGCGGCGGUGCGGGUCCUGCAGGGCAGUGUGCUGCCGCUAUUGUCGCAGAGCUCGAGGUUCGAGGUCGUCAGGCUCGUCCCCGGGGCCAGGAUCCCGGUGCUGAGCCUGCGCUUCGAUGGCGCCGUGGACGUGGACCUCUCCUGCCACAACACGGAGCCGCUGCGGAACUCGCAGCUGCUCCGCGCCUACGCGCAGGUCAGCCCGCUGGUGCGGGGCCUGGCGCUGCUGGUGAAGCUCUGGUCCAAGGCCGCGGGCGUCUGCGGGGCGCAGAGCCGGAACCUCACCUCCUACGCGUUGGCGCUGAUGGCGAUCUAUUUCCUGCAGGUCCACCCCGACUUCGGGCUGCCCCUGCUCUCCACGCAGCUCUUCGACGGCUUCGGGCACCUGCCGCCCGCUCCGCGCUGGGAGUGCCGGGCCCCGCUGCCCGGGGCGCUGCGGCAGUUUUUCGCAUUCUACGCGCGGGAGUUCGAGUGGGGCAGGGAGGUCGUCUCUGUGCGGCUCGGCCGGCGGUGCAGGGCUGGCGGCCCAGAGUUCACCCUGUUGCCGAAUGCCGCGGAUCACCGCCUGCACGUGGAGGACCCCUUCCUCACGGGGAGGAACCUGAACUGCGUGCUCGGCCUCGAGCAGGAGGCCCAGCUGCAGGCGGCGCUGCGCGCCGCCGAGGCCGCGCUGCGGGGUGGCGGCCUGCCACUGGGCCUGGGCGGCGUGGCGGUGAGCGCCGGCGGAGGGCUUGCUGGCUGCGGGUGGUGA